AUGGACCAACCACCCCAACCAAACCCCAAAUGCAAAGACCGUGAUCGCGUGCCGUACUCACAAGGCUCUGCCGCACACGCGAGGAGGAAUUCUACGGCAUAUACCGGGUCGGGGAGCAGUCCAGUCGCGGCUGGAAAGGGACAGCAGAGACAGGUGACUGAUCCGCAUUCUGGGUCACGAGCAACUGAAUCACACACUAUGGCGUAUGAUGUCGAUACGAGACUGAGACAAUCUUCCAUGCAAUCGUCAUUAUCACCAGAACCCGCCCAAAUACCCAGCGACGACGACAUUCGAGAGGAGAUCCUCAACAUCAUAAUGAGCAAGAUGGAUCCAGGAGGCAACCAUGCCCUCUAUUUCGACACCGCCGACGAACACCCACCGAUCACACCUGCCAGCCUCGCCGAACUUGACAUGCCGCGGAUAAUCAACAACCCCAAACUGCGUCACGACGUAAACUUCGACCGAGAACUCCAUUUCCGACCGAACCUCGAUGGCUCAAAAGGCAGGCAAAAGAUAGCACAGGCGGAUCAAUACUGGAAAGCAUUGGAGGCUGAGUUGGUGAUGCACGCUUUGGCAUCGACGGAGAGGAUGUCUCACCCUGGCAAUGAGGAGCACUGGGAUCGCAUAUCGCGGGCUUCGCUGGUGCGGUUGCCGAAGAUAUUCACGGCAAUUCGGGACAUUCUCAAGACGCUGGUGCCUGACUACGAUCAGAAGGCAGUCAAAGAGCGGCUAGAUGUGGACCACAUCAUGCAGCUGAUACAAAAUGGGGUGUGUGAUCUGAUCGAUCUGGGCAACUGGCUAGCAAAGGUGCUCAAGAAUCAUUGUGCACCAAUGAGAGACCAGCUCGUCGACAAUAUGCAGAAGGAGAUCAAGCAGGGUGCGGAUAACAACGAGCCAAAGAGGCUGGUCAGCGGACUGCGGCAGCUGAUGACCAUUCUGGAGGCCAUGAAGCUGGACGUUGCAAACCACCAAAUCAGGCAUAUGCGGCCGCUGCUGAUUGAGGAUACCAUCAACUUUCAGCAGAGGUACAAUGCACACCGCAUGGCCAUUGGGAAGAUCAGUCAAAUGGAAGCGAAGCGAUGGUUGGAAGACAACCUCCAACCACUGGGAUUCGAGCCGUCUCCGUUGUCCGCCAUAUCACGGGGGUUGAUUCAGGACCUGCUCUACAACGACAGCACCUCAUUCUGCCCGGCGACCUUCUACCUCGACUCGGACCGACUUCGGACUAUGCGAGUCGAACUGCACUGCCGGGUCUACCAUGCCAUCUGCCGUGAUGUUCUUCGUGAAAUGGCCGAAUCCAGGCUCAGCCCCACGGAGCUGGAAAACGCAUGCGAGGUGCUACAAAGCUCAGUCACCGCCAUCGUUGGGGUGCACGGCAAGUUCGCUGAUCGAUCAGAGAACAUUGCUGCCGAAAUAGUUCGUGUACUCCUGGUUGCAGAGGGCAGGCAUCCACCAUUCGACGUCGGCCUCCAGAUCAUUGCUGAGCAAAAGCUGAGCAACUGCCUCAGACAGGACUGCCGCGCUUUUAGGCAAAACGCAAAGAUCCUGGCGGAGACUCUGAUCCCCAAGGUGCAAUCGCGUGUGCGUGAGCAUGUCCGACUGUCUGCACUGGACCUCCAAGAUCAGCUUGUACCGCAAGUGGUACCUCAGCGCAACUCCAUGGGGUUUGGCGCCAUCUGCGAUCCGCUUACCUUUGGCAACGACCUCAUGUCGACCGAUCCUGAUGACGACAUCAUUGGACGGUUCACUCACGUUAUCGCGCUGCAUUGGCAGGUAUGGGCGGAUCUCGUCUACCUGGUCGAGCCAGAGAGAGAAGACGACGUCGCAUCGGAUAAUGGAAGUGACAGCACGAUCGUUCAAUCUCAGCAAGGCUCACCGACAGUGCCUGUCGCCCAAGCCGUCUACGCUCCUGGCAGAAAGUGGUUGCCUGUUAGUGUCACAGUCACAGACGUGCCAAGUGGACUGCCAACUCCAUCUCCAUCACCACAGCCAGAAGAAGGCUCUCCUCCAAACAACGGCGACCAAGGCGGCGAGGAAUCGCUGGACUCACAACAGCAACAACGAGCAUGA